GAUCUCACCAAUGACGACGAAUAUGGCGACUUGUACGAGGACGUCAAAGAAGAAUUCUCCAAAUACAGGAAUGUCGAAGAUCUGCGCAUUCCCCGGCCGGUCAAGAAAGACAAAUCGAAAUGGGCUCCUGGAGAGCCUGGACAGCAGACUGCAAUUGAAGCUGCGGGUGUUGGCCGUGUGUAUGUCAAGUAUGUUGAUGCCGAAGGUGCACAGACAGGUCUCAAGGCGCUUGCUGGACGC